AUGGAUGCAAAUAUCUUUCCCAAUCGUCAACCAGUUCAAUCUCCUGUUUCUACUUCACGUGCUGGUUCAUCAGCGUCAUCUGCCCGUCGUACAUUAUCAUCCAAUGAAGAUGAAGAUGGUUUUACUACAGUAAAGUCUAAGAAAAAGAAAAACCGAAACGAAAGUUUUGAUCAAUCCUCUCCUUCACGUCAGGUUAUUACAACUUCUUUAUCCCCUACGAAUAUGUCUAAUGAUCAAGUUAUUACUCAAUCAACGAAUAUUGUUCAACAUCCCUUGGCUAUGCAACCUGUUCCAGUAACAAAUGAAUCUACAAGAUAUGCUUUAACUCCCUUUCAAGUACUUGUUUGUUCGAAAUGUUCAGGUAUUGGACACUUUCGUAAUCAAUGUACACAAAUUCAAACUACGUGUAAAAUUUGUUGUGAUCUGAUCGACAACCCCAAUCAACAUACAUGUUCAAACAUAAUUAAAUGUGCUCACUGUGGUAACAACCACAAAUCUACAUCAUCAACUUGUCCGGUGAUCAAAGCUUAUCGAGCGGACCUCACACGAAAAAUUCUUCAUCCUGUUCCUGCUCCAUCUGAUUCAAGUUUAAUAAAUAGUAAUACAAAUUUUAUUUCAAUUCUCAGGAAUCCUCAUCAACAAGCUUCGCAGCCUCCAACAAACAACAUUAUGAUGGAAAAACUUGAUGAUCUUAUUCAUAAACUGUCUGACGUGAAGGACCAUCUUUCAAGUUUAUCAUUGAAAUAUGAAAAAUUCGAGCAAUUUAUGAUUGAAAAAAAUCAAAGUGAUCAAACUCUUAAACUUAACCUCAACUCUUUAUCUCAAACAACUAAUGAUCUUAAACAUGAUGUUAUUUAUUAUAGGUCAAAAAUUGAUCGACAGGAAAAAAUUAUCUCCAAGUUAAUGGUUCCUAUGUUUACUGAUUUAUUUCAAGUUUUUAUUUCACAAAUGUCAGAUGUUCUUGAUGUUACUAUUUACACAAAUCUUAAACAAAAACUCGAACACUAUCUUAUCCAGAUGCAAAAGGCACGUGAAGGUGAAAAUCGUAAUGGUGGUGUAUUGAUAUUAGUCAGAGCAGAGUACCAGGUUAAACGUGUUGUAUGUGAUCUUCCUAAUGUUUGUGUACUUGAUUUUGUUGGUGAAGAUGAACUUCGUAUCUGUGGUGUUUAUGCCCCUGAUAGCAAAUCUUGGAAAUGGGAUAACUUGACAAUCUACUUAGCUAAAAAGACUGUUAUUUUUGGAGAUUUUAAUGUCGAUCUUAAUCAAGAUAGUACAAAAGCUGAAUCCUUAUUAAGUUGGGCUGAUAACCAGUUCUUAGCUCCUUUUACACCUGAUGCACCCACUUCCAUGAGAUCUAAUAGAGUAAUUGACUAUGCAUUAGCAUGUGGGAUCAGCAUUGAUAUUCAAAAUUUUAAUGGUAACACGACAAGUGAUCACAUCCCAAUCAUCUCUAUAAUCCCAUUAAAUAUUAAGAAACAAGGAGUGGGGGAAAAUGUGCAUUGGAAGGUCUUCUCUCUUUUCACUGAAUUUUCUUUUUCAUACUGGGAAGAAAAAAUGAAUAAGAUAUCUCUUGAUGUAACAUACAAUGAUUACAUUCGAUUCUUAUCUCUCCUUUCUUCUCGUUGUACGACUUAUUAUGACUUAAAGAAAUAUCGUCCUUCUAUUCCAGUUCAACUAAGAUCCUUCUUAUCUUAUAUUAGAGCACUCUCCUUUCGACAAUUUAGAACAAAAUGCCCCAUCUUGAAAAAGAAGGUUAACACUCUUAGAAGAAUUGCAAAAAAAGAAUUGAAAUCUUUUUUUCCACUCAACUUAAUAACACACUCAGUCUCCGUAAUACUUCUUACCCUGCAACUGUUUCGUUCUGGUACAAAUGUAAAAAAUAUCUGAAGCCUUCCUCUUCAUCUUUACAUGGUUUAAUUAAUGCAGCUGGACAAGUCGUCAAGGAUUCUAAUCAGAUGUGUGAAGUGGCGGCGGAUUAUUUCGAAGUAUUUUUCAAAAAGUCAUGUAUCGUGAGGCCUCAUCCUUAUACAGAUUUUCCUCCAAUAAGUAUUGAGCAUAGUGAUGAGCCUAUUCCUGAUGUAACAAUUGAUGAAUUAUUGAGUACUGUUCAUACAUCACGAAAAAAGAAAUCCCUUGAUGCUCAUGGCAUUUCUAAUUUCAUGUUUAAAUUUCUUGGUUCUAAUCAUUGGUCUUUUCUUUUACCCCUUUUCAAUCACUCUUUCAAAUCAGCUACUUUACCUGUAGCAUGGAAAGAUACCAGAGUAAUUUUAAUUGCGAAAAAAGAUUCUAUCUGUUCGUCCUCCUUAACUCGUCCUAUUUCCUUAAUUGAUUCCUUUCAAAAAAUAAGUGAAAGACUAUUUCUUACCCGCUUUCGUAAUGUUCUUGAACGUAAAGGUCUUCUUUCUGACUCUCAAUCAGGAUUUCGAGAACGUUUCCGACUACAGACUAGAGUUUUGUUAUUUUUGGAAGAUAUUUACAGUCUGAUGUCGAGCAGUGUUCCUAUUGCGUCCAUGUUUAUAGAUUUUAAAAGUGCUUUCGACCAAAUCUGGUUUUUAGGACGCAUUGGUAAACUGAAGAAAUUAGGCAUUCCUCUGUCGUACUGUAAUUGGAUCAAAUCAUGGUUAGUCAAUCGUAGAUGUUAUAUUGAGAUUAAUAAUAUGAAAUCGAGAUGGUUUGAUAUAGAGAAAGGUGGACCACAAGGCAGUGUACUCACACCUACAAUCUUCAUCACAUAUAAUUGUGAUAUGGACAUUUCUCUUCCUAAUAGUAUUAAUCACUUUUUUGCGGAUGAUCUUGUAGGUGUUAUUUCGGGUCAAAUGGGCUUAAGAUUUUCUGAACAGUGUCUUGACUUAGAGAAGCGUAUAAAAAAUUUUCUUGAGCAUCUCGAGUACUACUCCUUAUUAACUGACCAACCGAUUAACCUUGAUAAAUCAGUAGCGAUGUUUACUGCUAGAGCUAUUCAGAUUCCAAAAUUUAAUAUUAAUUUUGAUGAUAUUUCUCAAGCUAGUGUCAAAUGGGUUCAGGAAUAUAAAUACUUAGGUUAUAUCAUUUCUUCGAAAUUAGGUUGGGGAAAAUUGUUAAAAUGCACUAUGAAUAAAAUUAGAUAAAGAAUAUGUUUAAUUAGGUCGUUCAAAUUGUUUGGCUCUACUUCUCCAUUGCUUCGAAAAACUUUAUUCUUAUCAUUUAUUCUUCCUCUUUUUACUUGGAUUUAUCCUAUUUUUCCUUUACUAUCGAAAAAACAACAAGAUGAUCUUUCUCACUUCUAUUCUACAUGCCUUCGUCGCGUUCUAUUCUGCUUACAUUGGAAUGAAAAUCUCUUUGCGUUUGCUUUAGAUGAAAAAACUCUGGUUGAUAGAUGCGCUGUUGAUUGGAAUAAAUUUUUUAUUUCACUCUCAGAAUCAACUGAUGGUCUUCUUAUUCUUGAGAAAGCAAAUGGGUGUAUCCACCGGAAGUCGCCAGGACCACAUGGUGACCACGUCCAAAUCCUAUGAAACUUUCAGAGUUUCUAGAACUUUUUGCACUGAUCAUUUUGGUAAAAAAAAUUUAGAAUUAGAUCUUGUUUUUGCCAAGAUAUAUGUCAAAUACUAUCAGCACUUUUUCUAGUUUUUUGCAAAAACUAAUGUGACAUUUAACAGAAAAACCGAUGAAAGUGCACUAUUCUUCACUCAAAUU